AUGGUCUGCGAUACCCGUCUUCCAACCGAUGACGAUGUCCAACUGGCCGAAUUCGCAGCACUUCACUCGGCCUGGGCCUCGUCCGUGGGCCUGGUUGGCCUUAAUAAAGGCGAUUCUUCUGAGCCAUUUGCAGUCGCGGCGGCCAGCCGUGGUCCUCCGGCUUAUCUUUUCGCCACGGCCAGCCGGACCUCAGGCCUACGAUUUUGGCGUGGCCAGGCUACUCUACGUCCAUCCUCCCUCGACUUUUGA